AUGUAUACUGUUGUUAGAAUCAAUAACCAUGAACCGUUAAAAGAUCGUUAUAAGCAUGAAAACGAGACACCACUAUCAGAUGCUGAUGUAGGAAAAAGGUGGUUGAAAAAAUGUGAUGGGGGUGGACGUCUCCAAAAGCAAUCUGCAGAAAAAUCGACUUUGAACCUUCAGUACACAGUCACAAAUGGACCUUACACUAAUGCACCGUCAAAUCCCGUUUUGCAAGCGUUCGUCAACGCUUACAAUAAUCACGAAGAUUUAAUUUUGUGUCCUGAUGACAUUUGGUUGGUGAUCUGCAUCAGCUACGCUCAAUAUGUCAAUGCAAACGCCGAGAAACUUCGACACAUAUUUGUCGAUCACCAGGGAAAAAAGGAACUGACUGUUUUUGAGCCACCUGGCAAAGAUGAGAGAGAUUGGACCGACUUCUUUGGUGCGAUGAAACAAGAAAUUGAACAAAAUGUGAAAGGGGAUAUUGUCUCUGUGUUAACUGCGAACUAUUCGACUACAGGUAAGGUCGAGGCAAUAUUAUCAAAUGCGUGUAUUAUGGACACGUUUCAGUCCUAUUUCGAAUACACAAGAGUUAUGACAAUGUGUGGUAUUCGAAACGUCAAAUUCAUGGGCACACUCGACGACUGGAAGAUGCUGAAAAACAAAACAGAACAAAUGAAGGCAUAUUCGGAAGGUGAAUUUUACAAUUCUCCUCUGUCAUCUACACCUCAACGUAUGAAAAAUGAUUUAUCAGAUAAUAUUUCACGCGUAAAUGAAUCCACAACAACAAUAAUUCCAACUGAAAACAAAAGAAAAACAAUUUGUAUAUUAGGAGAUAGUUUACUUCGUGAUUUAGAUCCUAAAAUCAUAUCCGACAAAAAACAUCUUGUUAAAAUUAAAACGCAUGGCGGAGAAAAAUUAAGUAAAUUAAAUGAUAAAGUAAAAACAAAAUAUGAACACUUACUGAAAGAAUCAAAUACAGUCAUUUUUGUUUGUGGGACAAAUUCUAUCAGUGAUCAUGAUGUUAAUGAAUGUAUACGAGAAGCAGAAACAUUAAUAAAAACUACGAAAUCUAUUAAUUCAAAUAUAAAUAUUUGUAUGACAACGGUACCUUUCCGUUCGUGUAAAUUGAAUCAAGGUGGCUUUGAUAAAAUCGCCAGUUAUAAUAAACAGUUAAAACAAAUAUGUCAAGAACAAAAUGUUGAAUUAAUUAGAAUAAACUUUGAGCGAGAGCUUGCCGAAGAAUUAAGUAUACCGGGCUUUUUGCAUUAUCGAAAUGAUUUUUCUCGUAAAUCUCAAGGAAUUGUGACAUAUGUGAGGCAUGAUAUUAACCACUCUUUGAUUGCAUGCUCCAAUGAAGCAAUGGCUAUGUUAUUAGAAGUUCAGGUUUCUGCAUACUUUCUACUUCAAAAUGCAAAAAAAGAUGUUCCACUUAUUUUAGUGGGCGAUUUUAAUGUAAAUACAGCCGCACCACCUGGUGGACUACAACAAAUACUAGAAUUGUUUUCGAUUCGACGUGCUUUCAGUGUAUCAACCACUCAUAAAAAUACGAAAAUCGAUAAUGUUUUUUAUUCUAAUGAGUGGGAGCAGCCUAGCACUAAAGUCUUUCCUGAAUUAGGAAAAUCACCACAUUUUUUGCUAGAGGCAAAAUUCAACUUACAAUCAAAAAGUAAACAAAAAGUGAGCAAACUUAUUUAUGAUUACAAAAACUGUGAUUUAUUUGCCCUGCGUAGAAUGUUAUCCGAAAUCGACAGUUCAUUUUAUUUGUCAGGUGAAAUAAACAAAAUGUCGGAGAUACUUUUAAAUCAUUUCUCCCAC